AUGAUUGAUCAAUUUAAGUGUUACUCAUUUUAAUAGAGUGAGUUUAUGAAAUCCAAAAAAGGAUUGAGUUUAAUGUUAUUUGAAAUGGGAUUAUAUACUUACUUAGAGAAAAAUCACAGUUUAUUACUCAAAAUAAAAAUUUUUAUUCUUUUAUUAAUUAGAAAAAAACUUAAAAUUAUAAUUUUUUUAUCUGUUAUAAAAUUUUUCAAAAAUUUAAAUCUCAUUAUCAAAUAAAUAGAAAGGGCUAUGUUUCACUUAAUAAAAAUUAAUACCCACACAGAGUACUAACCUUAAAUAUAGGGAAUUAUAAUUUUUUAUUGA